AUGAAUAAUCUGCCAUUAUCAGAAUACGAUGCUUUAUGGAGCGAUUCGGAAGAUGAUGAAAAAAAACGAAUCCCUCCUCCUCCUCCACCUCAAGACAUGCAUUCAUCAUUCAGACAAAGAUCAUCAGAAAAAAUAGAAGAUUAUUCGAGUACAUCGAGCGACGAAUCAUCAUUUAAUAAAUUAAAAUAUUCUGGAAGAAAAUCAAAAUGUAAAAGUGGUCCAUCCAUGAUGAAACGUCACGUGAGAAACAACAACAACGACAUGAUGGAAUCAUCAUCUACUUCGUUCAGGUAA